UUUUAGUCCAUGCGGAUGACGUCCGUGCAUCUGGAAGUCGAUGAUGACGACGAUAAAGAAAAGGACAAGUGGAAGGAGGUGUCUUUCCUAAUGUUCCUGCAGGGGACUCUGUUCACUCUCCUGCCUUAUGUGUAUAUAGAACCGAAAAUUAGGAAACGACAUAAAGUAUUAGUAAGGGAGUGUAUGUUCAGCCUAAUGAAGGCGGCCGUGUACCUGUAUGUAGUCAAUACAUCGUGGAUUUGGCUCAUGCGCUGCCUCGGCGGCGGGGUCCAUCAGAUGCUGGUUAGCUACACUCACCAGGUCGCAUAUUCCACGGUGUUUUUUAUCCACUCCGCCACUGUGGCCUUGUUCCACUACCAAAUGCAGAAGGGUUUGCUGCCCCUGCUAACAAACGAUACGCUGAAUGUCCAGGUGACAUUCCAGGAUCCUUUCCUGGCAUCGUCGGCGGAGGAUUUCUGGGGCCAUCGGUGGGGUUUGAUAACGCGCAAUGUCUUGGCUCUCACUGUGUGCGCGCCCGCUGUGAAGAAGACUGAAUCGCCGGUGGUCAGUGCCAUGGCUGCGUUCCUGAUUAGCGGUGCCAUGCAUGCGUACACCGUUGAGGUGGUCUUUGGCGUCCGGGCGCCGCAUGCUGUGCUAUUCUUCGUUCUGCACGGUGUGGCUGUGAGUUUGGAAAAGUAUUGGACACUGUCAGGUGGGCGACGUCCAAUCCGAAUCAUCAGCACGUUGCUAUGGUUACUGUUUGGCGUGCUAACGCUCCCAUUGUACUUCGGCACUCUUGCACGAGCGUCUCCCCAAUGGUUGCAGGCUUACCUGCCAGAUCUUGGCUUACUGAGCCUUUUGAAGAUUCCGGAAUUCCAAUGCUAUUAGUAAUGAUAAAAAUAAACUAUGAAAAUGCUUAGGGCUAG